AUGCCGUUUUUUCAAAAGUUAAAGGAGCUGAAUCUAUUUGAGACAAACGCUACCGAUGCCAAUAGUCUUCGAAUUCAACGUUUGUUUACUCGCUUUUAUCUUCCGAUAUUUACAAUCAUUUUACUUAUUCUGAGUAUCUAUGCUGCAUUACAUAAAAUUACAUUACUUGUUGAAAUACACAAUCCAACUAUUGAUUUAUAUCACGAAUUGGAAGCUAAAUAUUCAAUGGAAUGUUCUUGUUCAGAAACAUCAAUCCGCUAUGGAGAAUUCAUGAAUCAGAUACCGUCUUAUCAUCAAAUUUGUUCAAGUGAUUUUGUUACACAACGAUGGAUCGAUGCGCUGUUCGACUCAACAAAAACUCCUUUUUAUUUUCCUGUUGAUUUUCGUUCAACUGCCAGUCAACAAUUUCAAUUACUUGCUGCUCUUUGCCGAUCAACUGCUCGAGGAAUUAAUGAUAGUCUUCAGUCAUUUUUUCGCAGUGAACUUAUCACUGAGAAAUUAAUGACUAAAGCUUUUUUCCAAGCUAGAAUUCAAGCUGAUAUUGAUACUUUCAAAAAUAAUACACUUGAUGCAUUCGGUUAUAAACUAACGUUUAUCCAUGAGAUCAUUCAAGGCAACUUUCUCGUACCGUCAAGUGGAACUACUUUGAUUUUCUACUUUCACUAUAUUCCUUUGGAGCUUAACCCUCUUUGGAUGGUUACGGCGGGUCCCAGCGCAUUUUUUUCCCCGGAUGACGGAGAUCUGUGCACUUGUGAAAAAUUAUCCACAUGUUACACACGUGCAGGAUUUUUUGGUAACAAUCUUUUUAAUAUUAACUCUACUGAUUUUGACCGUUUGUAUAUUAUUGAUGAAUGGUAUACUGGAUGUAGACCGAUUGAUUCACUUCUUCUCUCAACAUUAAAAGCAUUUUAUAAUCAAACAGAGAUUAAUUCAUUACUAAACUUUUUUCCCGAUAUAUCAUCAAAUUUUACAUGUUUAAAUGCAAAUAAAACAAGUAGAUUCCAAAUGAACGAUACUUUGAAAACUAUUGUUAAAAGCGGUUUCAUUGAAAAAUGGAUUCAAGAAGAGAAUUAUUCAUCAUAUUUUAAUAAAUGUGUACCAGAAUUAUGUUUGUAUACAACUAACAAGCGUUUUAACAUUUAUUAUAUACUAACUGCGGUUAUUGGUGUAUAUGGUGGACUUUCUCUUAGUUUGCGUCUUAUUAUUCCAAUUAUUAUUAAAUUUAUUUUUCAACGCAAUGAAGAAACAUCUUCCCGAGGCCCUUCUAUCAGACAACCGAAACAAUUUAUUUAUUACUGGUUUCAACAACUUAUUUCUGCUCUUGUUAAAAUGAAUCUUUUUCGAUCAGCUAUACAUGUUGAACCAUCCGAUAUUUAUCAACAAUGUUGGACAACUCGAUUUUAUAUUAUUUGUUUUUUACACUCUUUGAUAUUUGUGACCUUGUACACGGCAAUAAUUGAACAAACUACUUUUAAAUAUAUAUUGAAUCCAUCGCUCGAUGAAGUAUUAGAUCUUCAGAAACGAACUAAUUUAUUAUCUCUACAAUGUUCAUGUUCUCAAAUUUCGUCAUCAUUUAAAAAUUAUAUUGAAUUGAUUCCUACCAUUCAUGAAAUAUGCUCCAGUCAUUUUGUACUAUAUGAGUGGUUUGGUUUAUUUUUCAAUCUAGAAGCUGCGUAUCCAAAUGAUUUUUCGGGAAGUGGCUUUAUGUUUCAAUUACUUCGUUCAUUUUGUAAUCUAGCCAAUACAACAAUAAUUGAUGCUCGUAACCUAUUCUAUGAAAAUCAGUUAGUCACUGCAAAUCUGAUGAGUGAAAUUCUUUUCAAUUCUACAAUGAAUUCUGAGGGAGAAAACUUUGAACAUGUCACAUCUGAUCGUUUCUUUUAUCCCUUAGAAAUGAUACGUCAGACAAUAAUGGCCAAUCAAUUUAUUUAUGGAAACCGCAUAAAUUAUCGUAUAUCUAUGCAAAACGAUACAGGUCACUUGUUUGUUGACAUUGAUCCUGUCAUAGUUUGGAAUGAUGAUAACGACGGUGUAUGUUCCCUUCUCUUUGAACCAAUUUGUAAACUACAAACGCUUUAUACUGGUUUGGACAUAGACAAAAAUCCCGUACGAAUACCUUUGCCUGGCUUCUACACAUCCGCAUACUCUGUUGGUUCAUUACUAUUAUCACAACUUCAAUGUUUGUAUAUUCAAUCGUGUGUAAAUAUUAUCAUAGACAUUCCUGGUCAUAAUAUUACAGCAUUGUCUCAAACAAGUAACUUUUCAAAUAAUGUAACAUUUCAAUUACUUUUAGAUCGUUUGUUCGUUGAGUUUUGGUCACGAAAAUUAAAUUAUACGGCCUAUUUCAGGCAAUGUCAACCUCGAUCAUGUUCGUAUACAACUAGGGAAAAACCUACUUUUGUUUCACUGAUUACAUCUGUCAUUGGUCUAUCUGCUACUUUAUCUGCUGUUCUACAAUUUGUAUCACCAUUAAUUAUAUCGCUCAUUUUUAAAUAUUGCCGAAGAACACAACAAAGAAGAUCAUCCGAAGUUACACGACAAGAAGGUAAACAUUUUUCUUAA